AUGCUCAUUUCAUCAAUCGCCACCCUUCUCAUCACGAUGUCGGCCACCUAUGCCGCCAGGCCAUUGAAAACAGCCCCCGAUCCAUAUUGCAAAAACCCAGGCCACUACUCCUACUGCUUCCAGGGGAUGUCGGUGGUCGUAUGCGAAAGCGGCCGCCAGAAGUGGCGUCGAGAUUGUACCCCGUCCCAUUGCGAAGAGUUCGACGGAGGUGCCCGCUGUGCCUCUGAUCCAGAACUUCCCGGAGAUGAUGCCUUGGACAUGGGGGAUUCUGCCAAUGAUGAUGUGGCAAAGGAAGAAGUACGCUUCAUGGAUAAAUGA